AUGCUUGGGGAAAAUGCCCUGGAAAUUGACCUGGCCGGUGUCGAGUCCAUCGUCGGUGCCUCCAUGGCAUGGGGCGACAAAAAGUCGGACAUUUUGAUCAACAAUGCCGAGAACGAAUACCCAAUGGCGGGUGAGAGGACCGAGGCAUUCAAUGCCAACACCUUGGGGCCCCUUCUCCUUACGAAGUAUCUGUUACAUGCGCUGCAGAAGUCAACGGCAGGCCAAGUCAUCAAUAUUAUAGACAGAAUAAGUGAUGAAGAGUCCCUGGCGAAGCACGUGGCGUACCACGCCUCCAAAGCGGCAAUGGAGUCAGUCACCCUCUCCAUGGCAGCCAUGCAUAAUAGCAAGGACAUUAGGACUGAGUGGGACGACAACUCAAGACUGAUGGACUGGAGGGGCAUGGACCUGACUGGGCCUCGCCGUCCCGAGUGA